AUGGACUUCGACGAGUACGAUUACUUGGAGAAGACGGUGGAGGAGCUGCCAGAAGACAAAGAUUCUUCCAGAAAGAAGAAAAUUGACACCGCCGACAUAAAAUCCGAGAGGACAUACCGGAAGCGCGACGUUGACGACGAUCUGAACGGCGAAGAUAGGCGGAGCAAAAGGUCUCGUGGUGAAGACGAGAAUGGCUCUAAAAAAGAUCGCGAUAGAGACAGAGACAGAGACAAAGAUCGUGACCGUGAAAGAUCUUCCGGCCGCCACAGGGAGAGGGAGAGGGAUAGGGAUGGAGAGAAAGGUAGUAGAGAGAAAGAGAGGGAGAGGGACGGAGAGAAAGGUAGUAGAGACAGAGAUAGAGAGAAGGAUAAGGAUAGGGAUAGAGAGAGGGAAAAGGAGAGGGAGAGGAGGGAUAAGGAAAGGGAAAAGGAACGGGAAAGAAGAGAGAGGGAGAGAGAGAAGGAACGGGAGAGAGAAAAGGAGGAGAAAGAGAGACCUAGGAGGAGUAUGAGUCGUCCCGAGAGAGAUAGAGGAGAAAGAGUAGACAGAGAGCGAGAUUUCGAAAAUAGAGAUGGCAGGAGAUUCAGGGAUAAGAAAGAUAACGUGGAACCUGAAGCAGACCCAGAAAGGGAUCAGAGAACUGUUUUUGCCUACCAGAUGCCUCUAAAAGCAACAGAGAGAGAUGUAUAUGAGUUCUUCUCAAAAGCUGGCAAGGUGAGAGAUGUCCGUCUAAUCAUGGAUCGGAACUCAAGACGAUCUAAAGGAGUUGGGUAUAUUGAAUUUUAUGAUGCAAUGUCAGUGCCAAUGGCAAUUGCUAUCUCCGGCCAACUACUUCUUGGGCAACCUGUAAUGGUGAAACCUUCUGAAGCUGAAAAGAAUCUUGUUCAGUCUAAUGCUUCCAGUGGAGCUGCUGGUGUAGUAGGACCAUAUGGAGCAGUGGACAGAAAAUUGUAUGUGGGGAAUCUUCAUUUCAACAUGACCGAGGCUAAUCUCCGAGAGAUUUUUGAGCCAUUUGGUCAGAUUGAGGUUGUACAACUACCUCUUGACAUGGAGACAGGACACUGCAAGGGUUUUGGGUUUGUUCAGUUUGCCCAUCUUGAACAUGCCAAGGCAGCUCAGAGUUUAAAUGGAAAAUUGGAGAUCGCUGGCAGGACUAUAAAGGUUUCAUCUGUUACAGAUCAUGUUGGAAGUCAAGAUACAACUGCAAAAUCUGCAGACUUUGAUGAUGAUGAAGGUGGAUUGACUUUAAAUGCCCACUCAAGAGCAUUGCUUAUGCAAAGGUUGGCUGGUGCUGACAUUCCCACAAGCAUUGGUGUGCCAAUUGUGAACGGAUCGGUUCCUGUUCAGCAGGCUUUUAGCAUGCCUAUCAGUAAUCCUGGUGUUAUACCGGGCUCCGGUCUACCAACACAAGUUAUGCCUACCCCUGUGGUAGAACCAGUUGGAAUCCCCAGCGAGUGUUUAUUAUUGAAGAAUAUGUUUGAUCCAAGCACCGAGACUGAACCAGAUUUUGAUAUAGACAUUAAAGAGGAUGUAGAGGAAGAGUGUUCUAAGUAUGGCCGAGUGAAGCAUAUUUAUGUCGACAAAAGAAGUGCAGGUUUUGUGUACUUGCAGUUUGACACAGUGGAAGCAUCAAGUGCUGCACAACGGGCAAUGCACAUGAGAUGGUUUGCACGUAGGUUGAUUACAGCUAUCUUCAUGGAACCACAUUUAUAUGAAGCUAAGUUUAACGGGGAAUCUUGA